CUUUCAUCAAUGCUGCUCCCAUUAAAUUAGAAAAAAAUCUUCAUAUUUGAUUAUUUGUGUUUUUCCGAGCUCAGGAAAUAAAAAUAAUGAACGUAACUCUCAACUUUACUCAUCAGUUCUAGUAUUCCGGGUUUUCAGUAGAAUUCAGAGUUUCUGGAAAUGGUCUCGCAGUCACUUUUCUAUGCCAACCCACUUCCAUUUUCGAGUUCAAAAAGGAUACGCAUCCAAGAUGGGGAACAAUCUCUUGGGAGUUUUGUGCCAAAGACAAAGAUUGCACAUCUGAGGCUUUCAAAUGGUGGUAGAGCAAGAGCAACUCUGAACGCUGAUGUCAAACCAGUUGAAAUUCCACGUCAAUGGUACAAUCUGAUUGCAGAUUUAUCAGUAAAACCUCCUCCUCCUUUGAAUCCUCAAACUUUUGAACCAAUCAAACCUGAAGAUUUGACUCCCCUGUUUGCUGAUGAAUUGAUUAAGCAAGAAGUUAGCAAUGACAGGUUCAUAGAUAUCCCAGAUGAAGUUAUUGAUAUUUAUAGGCUUUGGCGCCCAUCACCUUUAAUUAGAGCCAAGAGGUUGGAGAAGCUUCUUGGUACACCUGCCAGAAUUUACUACAAAUAUGAAGGUGUCAGCCCGGCUGGAUCACAUAAACCUAACUCUGCAGUUCCACAAGUUUACUAUAAUGCAAAGCAAGGCAUCAAAAAAGUUGUGACUGAAACUGGUGCUGGCCAGUGGGGGAGUUCACUGGCCUUUGCAUGCAGCUUAUUUGGUCUGGACUGUGGGGUCUGGCAAGUCCGUGCUUCUUAUGAUCAAAAACCCUACCGGAGAUUAAUGAUGCAGACUUGGGGUGCACAGGUACACCCAUCUCCAUCUAACUUAACUGAAGCAGGUCGUAAAAUCCUUCAAAUGGAUCCAUCAACCCCGGGAAGUUUAGGAAUAGCUAUUUCAGAAGCUGUAGAGGUUGCAGCUAAAAAUGCUGAUACUAAGUACUGCCUCGGAAGUGUUCUAAAUCAUGUCUUGCUACACCAGACUGUUAUAGGUGAAGAGUGUAUAAAACAAAUGGAGGCUAUAGGUGAAUCCCCUGACAUUAUCAUAGGGUGUACUGGUGGUGGAUCCAAUUUUGCUGGGCUUAGUUUCCCAUUCAUCCGAGAGAAACUUAGUGGGAAAAUCAACCCUGUCAUAAGAGCAGUUGAACCCACUGCAUGUCCUUCUCUAACGAAAGGUGUUUAUGCGUAUGAUUUUGGUGAUACGGCAGGGAUGACUCCAUUGAUGAAGAUGCAUACACUUGGACAUGACUUCAUUCCUGAUCCAAUUCAUGCGGGAGGACUACGAUACCAUGGUAUGGCACCAUUACUUUCACACGUCUAUGAAUUGGGCCUCAUGGAAGCGAUUUCAAUCCCUCAGACUGAGUGCUUUCAAAGUGCCAUACAAUUUGCUCGGAGUGAAGGAAUAAUUCCAGCACCGGAGCCAACACAUGCGAUUGCAGCCACCGUCAGGGAAGCUCUCCAUUGUAAAGAGACUGGAGAAGCAAAGGUCAUUCUCAUGGCAAUGUGCGGCCAUGGUCAUUUCGACUUAGCUUCAUAUGAGAAGUAUUUGCAAGGAGCCAUGGUAGACCUAUCUUUUGAAGAGAAGAAGAUACAAGAAUCACUUGCCAAAAUUCCUCAAGUAGUUGCAUAAAUGAACCAUGCAUGAGUAAAGUUGCUGUGUAGGAUAAAAUUUACAGCAUCAAAAUCAUAUUUCUGAUGAAUCAAUGUGUAAUCCUGAUGAUGACUCUUUGGUGUAAAAGGAGAUCUUCCCAAUAAAAAGUUUUUGGCAACAAUUUUAGGAUGAUAGAAUUUUAACAGAGAUAUCAUGUCAAUUUCUUGGUGAAUGUUAUGCAAAUUUUAAAUUCAAA